AUGAACGAAUACAUCAAAAAGUAUGCCAAUAAUACUAGGAAAUCUAGACUUCAACAGAAGAUUCUAGAAUCGCUGUUCGUUCGAUCUCGCGCGCACGAUAAGGUACUUGGUGAUGACGACAACGAUGACAUCGACUCGCCGUCUCCGAUCUACCACCAAUUUCUGCGGGACGAUACUCAGAGCAUUGCCACACUGACAAACUUUGCGCCACUGGAAUUUGAGCGCUUGUGGAAUUCUAUUCGAGCGCACGCGGCUGACCACUGGAAUGUAGGCCGUAGCCAUAAGAGCAAGCAGCAGCCCAAGGACGUGCUGUUCAUGUUCCUGGUCGUCCUUAAGCACUGUGGGAAAUGGGACGUGGUGGCAAACGUCCUCCGCAUCAAGACAGGAACAUUUCAAAAGAUGAUACUUUCAUUUGCGGAGGUUGUGUCUCCGUACCUCUACGAGAAGUAUGUGGUGUCCGCGGCUGGCAAAUUCACGAUGGAGGCGCUCGUGCUAGGAGACAACACGUUCCAUAACUACCCAAGCGCUCGCUACGCCCCGGAUGUUACUUUCCAGCAGAGCAACAUGCCGACCGGCCAAACAUCAUCUUCACGGCUACAAAGUCGAGCGGAUAUCCAGAUUUUCCGCAACAACCACGAGUUUCACCUCCAACAUCUUCUUAUGAGCUCGAUGGAGACUGAACUAGCCGAUGAAGGGCCUCUAACGACUGAGCAUCCCGACUCGUGGGCUGUUCUAGCUGAUAAGGGGUACCAAGGACUUGCCGCUGACUUUCGUGCCAUCACGCCGUUCAAGAAGCAGCCACUGCGGGAGUUGACCUUGGAGCAAAUGGAGACUAAUGACCGCAUCGCCCAUGACCGCGUCCUCGUGGAGAACUAUUUCGGUCGCCUCUGCACGCUAUGGGCAAUGUGA